UUUUUGAUCGAUUUUUAUGACAAUAGUGUGUAAAAUAAGAUUUCCUUUGCCUCACAAAUAGAUUAAAAAGUCUUUGAAAACUAGUAGUUUUUAAAAACUAGAGUUUACAUUCAAUUUGUUGCCUAUAGAUUCGCUCCCCGGCCACCACUGGUCAAGAAUCGCAAGACAUCCCUGCCCUGUAAACUCGUUUCUAUACAAACCACUAGUAAAACGGAAAACACGUCGACCGACAGCGAGGGUCGGAGGAGGGCUUCGGCCGGUAUUAUACGCCAAAAGAGUUUCGAAGACAUCGAAGAAGACAUCACUUAUAAUCAAAUGGAGUUAUCGGAAAGGAGACGAAGAAACUCUUUGGAAAACAAGACGAUAUCGACGGAUGUGCUGCGCAAACAGUACCGCGAGUUAUGGCAACUGAGGGCCACCUUCGAGGCCGAGGAGUUGGACACAUCGGACGGGUUGGCGGGUGCCGGCGAUCGCACGCCACCACCCAAUCAGCAACAAAAGCUCAUCAAAAACGACUCCGGUAUUCAUAUUAGUCCAUACGAUGCCAUUACGAGCGCCUGUGCUGUCGAU